AUGUGGGUUGUUCUCAAGGGAAAAUUGAUCGGUGAGCGUGAUGUGGAUAGCGCCCGAGGUGAUCUGAUGUGUGCGGAUGCAAUGCGAGCAGCAAAGCAAGCCGUGAAAGCUGCUGGCGCACAUAAAACUCGAAUCGUCCUGCAAAUAAACAUCGACGGCAUCAAAAUCGUUGAUGAGAAGAGCAAUGCUGUGCUGCAUAAUUUUCCAGUUUCGAGAGUGUCUUUUAUCGCUCGAGAUACCACAGAUGCGAGAGCUUUUGGAAUAGUUUUCGGUCAACCUGAUAACAAGUACAAAUUCUAUGGCAUCAAAACAGCACAAACUGCCGAUCAUGCUGUUCUUGCAAUACGGGACAUGUUCCAGGUCGUUUUUGAAAUGAAAAAGAAGCAUAUAGAACAAAUGAAGCAACAACAGGAGGAGAGAAAGGAAACAGCUAAAGCUGAUGAUGGUGUUGCUGUGGCUGAUUUGUUGGAUUUAGAGACAGAAGUUCAACAAAUUGAGCAGGGCUUACACCAGUUAGAACAAAUACCAACGUUUACGGACGCUUUCGGUGCAACACCAUUUGCUGAUCCUUUUCAAGAUAACUUUGCGGGCAAUGCAUCACCGUUGAGCGGAACCAAUGUGAAUAACUCUCUGAACGAUUCUUCUCAUAAUCCACUACAGAUUCAGUCGACUUUGACGUCUCGACCCCAAACUAACGCUUGGCCACAGCAACCAACAGUUGCUCCACAAAUUGCCCAACCGACUCCACAAGUCAAAGAUACUAAUCCAUUCGCUUCUGCUAUUACCGCUACCCAGCAAGUUCCAACUCGUGAUCCUUUCGAUACUCGCAAUGUCUUACAAGUACAUCCAAACAUUCAAUCUAUUCGCUCGAAUGAUUGGGGAACUAAAGAGAACGCUAUGCCACAAAUGCAACAUGCCAAUUCUUUUACGUCAAGUGGCUGUUUUGGAGACAACAACAUGCAGUCUCAGAAUCAUGUGAAUUGGGAGGAGCCGCGUAAAGUAACAUCGUUAGAGGAAGCAUUUACGAAACUUGUGGACAUGAAUGCUCUUGUUGCUCGGCCAGCAAAUGAUGCGAAGAAGAAUCCAUUUGAACACAUCCUGAAUCCUCCGAAGGCAUCGCUGAACGCUCUCGGUUCUGUGCCAAUGCGUCCUGCUCCGGCCGUAAUGGCAAACCACGCUGAUCCUUUCAGCGACGACUUUUUCCGUUAA